GGCGACCAAGUGAUGGUGGACUACGUCGGCACGCUCGCGGCCACGGGCGAGGAGUUCGAUCGCUCGGACGGACCGUUUCGGUUUAAUCUCGGGUACGGCGAGGUGAUCAAGGGAUGGGAAGAGGGAGUGAUCGGAAUGCGGUGCGACGAGACGAGACGGUUGACGAUUACGCCAAAGUUGGCGUACGGGAAACGAGGGAGUCCACCGGAAAUCCCGCCGGACGCGACGUUGGUGUUCGAGGUGACGAUGUUG